GCCAUCUGAUCGGGUUAAUCCCAUCAUUGGUGCUCUCGUUGAGAGAAAACUAUGAGAUAAGGCUGUGAGAUUAUGGCCGGACGAAGGACGAUACGUAACACUGCUGCUUCCGCCCAGUCGACGGUGAGGAGUGACAACCCUGAACAGGGUAUGAUCGUUCCUGUCAAUGGGUUGGAAACGGCAUUGAAUAAUGUGGCUAACAUGAUGGCCAACAUUAUGGAACGAUUGGAUAAGGCUCUUCCAGGUCCAUCCGGUACUCGGGACAUCCCUGCCGGGCAACCCCGCCAGGUCCUGCGUACUGCGAGUUCUCCAAUCCUCCAGGAGCUUCAUGAUCCGGAGGAGGUUGAGAGGGAGAGACAAGCCGUGGCCAGACGCCGGGCGGAGGAAUUGGCCCGGAAUAGUAAGGUGAAUGAAGACCGGGCCAAGGAUGCAAGCCGGAUCGCCGGCAAUGAAAACGAAAACCCGCGGGGAACUGUCUUUGAAAGGAUAUCUCGCCAGAAAGCUCACGUUAGUGAGAGGCUGGGGAAGAAUCCGGAUAAGGCACCCCAGGGUUGGGUGCAACCCCAGGCCAGUCAAGUGGCAUCUUCUAACCGCGAACCCCGGCAGCGAAACGGCCGUGGUGGGAGCCAAGCGCCGAUCCGGUCAUUGGUGGAUUUGGAGGAGGACGAAGUUCAAAGCCAAGCAAGGGUCCCAGCACCACGGCGUCUGGGGCCGCCGGUACCGGAAACUGGUGAAUUCCAGGAUCUGAGGCAGCAGAUCCAGGAGAUGCAGAGGAAGAUAAACAAGGGUCGAGUAUUCACUACCCGGACGAAUACUCCCUUAGCCCCGGAGAUCUUUGCGGAACCAUAUCCGCAGGGAUUCAAAAUGCCGUUCGUUAAGUGUUAUGAUGGGGAGUCAGAUCCCCAGGAACACAUAAACAGCUAUGUCCAGGUGAUGAUUGCCGUAGACGCCAUUACCGCACUCAUGUGCAGGUGCUUCUUGCAGACGGUUGACAGCAAGGUGGCGGAUUGGGUCAACCAUAUUCCUGCCGGAUCGAUCCGGACGUGGGAUGAAUUGGGAUUGCGGUUCCUAGAGCAUUUUGCCGGGAACUGCCGUCCCAAGAAGCAUUUCACUCACUUGGCUUCAGUGCGACAGAAGCACGGAGAGUCCUUGAAGAAUUUCCUUAUUCGAUGGAGGAAGGAGUCCAGGGAGGUUGAAGGAACCGACGACAAAUCUAGGUUGGCCAUGUUCACAGCGGCGUUACAAGAUGGACUCCUUCAUACCGAUCUUACAACUCAUCCCCCGGAUACCUUUGAAGAAGCAAUGGUCCGGGCCGGGAGGUAUGUGACCCAGGAGGAGAGAAAGGAGGAGAAGAAAGAGAAGACUCCUAAAGAAGAAGAGAAGACGGGAAAUAAGAAGCCGUUCAAAAACAAGAAGCAGGGCUUCCCGGAUGGCCCAAAGGGCACAAGUCCUGGGACCUCGGAGAAGCACAAAUCUGCCAAUCCAGUCUUCACAUUACCGGUGGCUGAGGUCAUGGCCCAUGCUACACAGCAGGGACUCAUGACUUAUCCAACCUACUCUCAAAAGGUCUGCAAUGUGGAGGACACUGGAAAAUGGUGUGCUUACCAUCGCAAGAAUGAUCACAAUACGGAAGAUUGCUAUACCCUGAAGAAUGAGAUGGCAAGGCUAAUCCGCCGGGGUCAUCUAAAGAAGUUCGUACAAGAUGGAGAUGCGGGAAAUCCCGGGAACACUCAGAAUGGAAAGCACAGAGAUAAAGAAGUGGCCCAGGCUGAGGCUCGGGAGAAACGCCACAUUGGGCUUGAAGAUGAAGAAGAGGAUUCGGAACCCGCGCCGCAUCGCCAGAAGAGACACCACGGGUGUAACUUCAUCAUUGGAGGGAAUACUGGCGGAGACUCAGCCACAAGCCGAAAAAAGUGGGCCAACGCGGCGGCGGUCAACAAGGUGCUGGUCCCAGAAGGUAAGAAAUUGAAAACCGAGCCAAUUGUAUUUUCAAAUGCUGAUUUGCCAGAGACAGGGGUCCCCCAUAGGGACGCCCUAGUGAUUACUAUUGAUAUAAUGGACUUGCUGAUCCAUAAAACCCUUGUGGAUAUGGGAAGUUCCGUUAAUAUCAUGUAUAUGGACACGGAUACUAUGGCCACCCAGAAGAUGGACAUGGAGUUUGUGGUGGUGGGGAUAAUCUCCAACACAAACAUCAUCCUGGGCAGACCCGGAUUGGAAGAUUUAGAGUGUGUCAUCUCACCUCGUCACCUGUGCAUAAAGUUCCCAACCCCCUACGGAGUUGGAAUCGCUAGGGGAUCUCAGAGAGUGUCCCGGGCAUGGUAUUUGAAGGCAACCAAACAGCCAGUCAAGUACGAUACCCAAGUGGGAGAGGUGACUGCACAGCUCCUGAGGGCUGAGGAAAAACGUCCCAUGGUGGAAGUUGCUGGCGACAUUGAAGAAGUGGAACUAGAGCCAGGCACGCCGGGAAGGUUAGUCAGGAUUGGCAAGGGCCUGGGGGCUGAACUCAGAUCACGGGCUCACCGGAUUGUUGUGCUCACGAAUGAGCCUUUGGCGUCACUUACCCGAAGUCCGGUGGCAUCUGCCCGGAUGACCAAGUGGGCAGUUUUCAUCAGUCAGUAUAACGUGGAGUUCAGGCCGCGCCCCUCAAUCAAAGGGCAAGCACUCGCCGACUUUCAAGUUGAGUGCACCGCCAGGGAAAUGACAAGAGCCCAGAUUGAAACCCGGGUGGAAAAUGACUGGUGGGUAAUGAGCAUCGAUGGAUCUUCUGGGGCUCGAUCUUGCGGAGCAGAUAUCGUCUUGAUCACCCCAGAAAAUUUCCGGAUUUAUUAUGCUAUCAGAUUUCAGUUCCGCAUAUCCAACAAUGAAGCUGAAUAUGAGGCCCUGAUCAACGGAUUGAAGAUUCUUAGUAAAUUGGGAGUAUCCAGGGUUCAGGUUUACAGCGACUCCCGAUUGGUGGUGGGGCAAAUCACUGGGGAGUUUGAAGCUAAGGAAGAUAGGAUGAAAAGGUAUCGAGACUUGUCCUUAGAAAUGUUGGGGAAGUUUGAUUUUAAGCUUGAACAUAUACCCUGGGCCCAGAACGCGGAGCCUGAUGUUCUAUCCAAGCUCAGCGCAGAGUCACCGGAAUACAUAAGCAAAUUAGCAACCAUCGAGGAGCUGGCAACCCCGAGUCCUAAUAGAAAUGAGGUGAUCUGGGUAUCAGCGGAUCCCCCGGAGUGGCUGGACAGGUUGGCCAAAUACAUUGAGGACGGUGAAGCCCAGGAGGAUCCCCGAGAAGCACGUCUGUUGCGAAUGAGGGCACCUACCUACAAGGUGAAGGAUGGAGUCCUCUAUAAGCGAUCUUACAACGGUGUUUUACUCCGCUGCCUCCGGGCGGCAGAGGCAAAGGCGCUGAUGGAAGAAAUACAUGAAGGAGGAGCUGGGCAGGCAAGGUGGAUUGUGGUGGCGAUAGACUAUUUCACCAAGUGGGUGGAAGCUGAGCCUCUUGCUGGGAUAACCGGAAGGCAGAUGAUCGACUUCGUCGGAACGAAUAUACUCUACAGGUUUGGAGUCCCGAAGCAGAUCAUAUCUGACAAUGGAACCCAGUUUGAGGAAGCAGAGUUCCAAGACUUCCUCAGAACUUGGGGAAUUCAGCAUACAAAAGUGUUUGUUGCCUACCCUCAGGCUAAUGGACAGGUGGAGAACGUCAACAGGACAAUCAUAGACGGAAUAAAAAAGAAGUUGCUUUCAGAGGGGAGCAAAUGGGUGGAUGAACUACGCAGAAUCCUAUGGACAUAUAGGACGACUCCAAGGAGAGCUACGGGUGACACUCCUUUAGGCUUAGCUUAUGGUUUUGAAGCCCGGGCUCCCGCUGAGGCAGUAAUCCCCACCAGGAGAGAAAUGGAAUAUGACCCAGAAGUAAACGAACAGAAUCAGGCCGUAGAACUGAACUUCGUAGAGGAACGAAGGGAUGAAGCACGGAUCCAGGCAGAGAAUUAUCGUCGCCAGGUGAAAUCUUACUUUGAUAGUAAAGUGAAACCAAGGGCGUUCUAGGUGGGGGAUUACGUUCUGAGGAAACGAGAGAAAAGUCAACCAACUAAAGGUGGGAAGCUGGCUAAUAAGUAUGAAGGACCUUAUAUCAUCAAGGCCGUUGUUCGCCCAGGUACCUACAAGUUGGUGACUCCCAAGGGAAAAGAAAUUGAUAGGACAUGG